CUAUAUUCAUGACUUUGUUAUAAAUUCAAGCAUGAACAAUUAAUAUAUACAUGCAGGUACAUGUAUGCAGCAGCAAUAGAGAACUAUCCAAAGAUGGUUGGUGUGGUGAAGUUAGAUUUGUCACUAUGUGAGGAAUAUUCGGGCGACUCUGCGGUGGUGGCCAGCCGGAUUUACGGGCCUGGAUGCUACGGGAGCGAACCAAUAUUUGUCGCGAGAGAGGCAAACAAUCCGACGGCGGAGGAAGACGAUGGUUAUUUGUUGGUUUAUGUACAUGAUGAGAAUACUAAAGAAUCGAAGUUCAUUGUAAUGAACGCAAAGUCGCCAAGCCUUGAAGUUAUUGCUGCUGUUAAGCUACCUGGGAGGGUGCCCCAUGGCUUCCAUACUACAUUUGUGAGCAAAGUUGAUCUCCUUAUUCCUUAAACUUUUGAGGUUCUU